AUGGCGGCCAGGAAGCUGCAAACUGAGAUCGACCGCACGCUGAAGAAAGUCUCGGAAGGCGUCGAGCUCUUCGAGAGUAUAUACGAGAAGAUGCAGGCGUCAACCAACCAAACACAGAAGGAGAAGUUGGAGACAGACUUGAAGACACAGAUUAAGAAGCUGCAGCGUCUCCGCGACCAGAUUAAGACCUGGGUUGCGAGUAAUGACAUCAAGGACAAGUCGUCGCUCCUCGACAACCGCAAGCUAAUUGAAACGCAAAUGGAGAAGUUCAAGGCUUGCGAGAAGGAGAUGAAGACAAAGGCAUUCUCAAAGGAGGGCCUCAUCCAGUCUGCGAAACUUGAUCCGAAGGCGCAGGAGAAGCUCGAGAUGACACAAUGGCUGCAGGGACAGGUCGAAGAUCUGCUGCUGCAAGUGGAGCAGGCGGAGGCAGAGAUUGAGACGUUGCAGGGUGGUGGCAAGAAGAAGAGCAAGUCCGGUGGUGCGGCUGCAGAACGGUUAGAGGGAUUGGAGCACUUGAACGAGCGACGGAAAUGGCACAUCGGUCGCUUGGAAAUUAUCUUGCGAUUGAUGGACAAUGGUUCAAUGUCAACAGAGAAGGUCAUUGCGCUGAAAGAUGAUGUCCAAUAUUUUGUGCAGGACAAUGCGGACGAGGACUUCGACGAGGACGAGGGUAUUUACGAUGAACUCAACCUUGACGAAGAAGAGGAGAAAUUCGGGCUGGCGAACGAUGAUGAUAGCGACGAGUCAGAAGACGCGAGUGACGAUUUACCCCCACGGACCCCGUCGAAGAAGCUCGAUGAGGAAAGCGUUGCGAGUAGUAAUAAACGAGACGGGAGUCCAGUACUGAAGAAGGCCGCUGUAACACUACAGCUACGAAAACCAUCAAUAGCGUCGGAUACGAAACCACCACCAAAUCCAAAUUUCGCGCAACAACCUAUGGCAAGUAUCCUGAAGGCUGGUCUUCCCACUCAGCCUCGACCUGCAGCACCGUUACCAGUACGAUACGCUGCGGCUGCGGCUGCUGCUGUCGCGACACCAUCUCAGCAACCGCCAAUAACACCAGCGCAACCAACAUCGGGGGGGCCAUCGUUAACUUUGACUGUAGUGCCAUCAGUACCCCCAAUAUCCACGAUAGCUUCCAUACUUCCGCCAGACCAGGUUUCGGCUGUGACAUCGUCACCGAGCUUGUCGCAUCCUUCUGUGGAGAGUCCAAUGCUCUCCUCAGUGGCAUCGGUAUCAGCGCAACAGGCAGACAGUUCGUCGUAUUCUGCUCGUGAUUCCCCGGCGCUAUCAGAAGCAGUUCCCAGCUCCAUCGGUGGUCCCGCAGCGACGUCGUCGCCACAGCGUGUCGUUUCGAGGAAAGCGUCAACAUCCUCAACGACGGCGCUGCAACCACUGAGUAUCCCACACCCGGUGCCACCGGUACCGCAGCAACCGCCACAGCCACAUACUAACGGUUCAUUACAACCGUCAGCAGCUAGCCAACAGCCAGCACUUCCAGGGCAGCCGCCAUUGCCGCAAGCAGCGCAGCCAUAUCCUUCUGUACCAGCGGCGAAUGCCCCAAAUGCGCCGUCAGGACAGUCAUCGCCCAUGCCAGCUCCUUCACAACAACAAGCGCAGUUGUUGCAGUAUCCUCCAGGGGUGAAGGUUCCAGUAGAGCUUGGCGCGGGCGUGGCACCGCAGCAGGCGCUACAAAGCGCGAGUGUACAGAGACCAGCAUCUGCUGCUCCGUCGCAACAACUGUCUUCUCAGCUGCAACAGCCUCCAAGAUCAAGUGCAUCAAGUGCGUUCCCUGGUUCAUUGUCGGACCUAGUCAUGUCGUUCGAAAAUGUGAAACAAAAGGCACCGCAUCGAAUGUCCAACCUUGACCAGGUACACAAGUUGUUACAAGGGAGCUAUUCAAGCAUGCCGCAGCCCCAGGAUACAGAGAAGCCGAAGUACUAUGUGCCUCAUAACCCUAUCCUGACACCGGCAUACUACCCACAGACCCCUAAUCCAAUACUGAACACGUCAGGGAUCUUUUCGCAGCUUGACGUCGAAACGUUGUUCUACGUUUUCUACUACCACCCGGGAACGUACCAACAAUACCUUGCUGCGAAAGAACUGAAGAGACAGUCAUGGCGAUUCCACGUGAAGUACUUGACAUGGUUUCAGCGUCACUCGGAACCUCAAGCUAUCACGGAGGAGUAUGAGCAGGGUGUGUACGUGUACUUCGACUGGGAGGGCUCGUGGUGCCAACGCAAGAAGAGCGAUUUCCGUUUCGAAUACCGAUAUCUGUCCGAGGAUUGA